CAGGCGCAGCAGCCGGUAAGAUUUCCCUUUGCCAAGAUGGCGGAUGACGGUGAUACAGCAGUGAAGCGGUCGUCAAGAGGGGAGAAUGAGCACCAGCACUGCAGAGACUGUGAGAAUGAGGACGAGCACAACUGCAAUAGAAGUGGCUUAAGUCCAGCGGAUGACAGCGGAGGCAAAAAAAAGAAAAGAAAACAGAAACAGAAGAAGGACAAAGGGGAUCAACUUGAUUUGACUCAUGAUCAGUCAGUAAAGGUGAAUUCAUUGCCAGCAGAAAGGAUGCAUGAGAUUCAAAAAGCCAUUGAACUUUUUUCAGUAGGACAAGGGCCUGCCAAAACAAUGGAGGAAGCCACGAAGCGCAGCUAUCAGUUCUGGGACACACAACCAGUCCCCAAGUUAGGAGAAGUAGUGAACACUCAUGGGCCUGUUGAACCAGACAAGGACAAUAUCCGCCAAGAUCCCUACACCUUGCCUCAGGGCUUUACGUGGGAUGCCCUGGACUUGGGGGAUCGAGGUGUGCUAAAAGAGUUGUAUACUCUCCUGAAUGAGAAUUAUGUGGAAGAUGAUGACAACAUGUUUCGGUUUGAUUAUUCACCUGAAUUUCUUCUGUGGGCUUUGCGUCCUCCAGGGUGGCUUCCACAAUGGCACUGUGGUGUAAGGGUCAUAUCAAGCCAUAAACUGGUUGGCUUCAUCAGUGCUAUUCCAGCUGCUAUCCACAUAUAUGACGUGGAAAAAAAGAUGGUAGAGAUAAAUUUCCUCUGUGUGCACAAGAAACUGCGUUCCAAACGAGUGGCUCCUGUUCUAAUUCGGGAGAUUACCCGACGGGUCCACUUGGAGGGGAUUUUCCAGGCUGUGUACACUGCUGGGGUAGUCCUUCCAAAACCUGUAGGGACGUGCAGGUACUGGCAUCGGUCCCUGAAUCCACGUAAGCUGAUUGAAGUGAAGUUUUCGCACCUGAGCAGGAACAUGACUAUGCAACGCACCAUGAAGCUCUAUCGACUUCCAGAGACUCCAAAGACUCCUGGGCUUCGGUCAAUGGAACACAAAGACAUCUCUGCUGUGCACAAACUUCUGAUAGAGUAUCUGAAGCAGUUCCAUUUGACCCCCAUCAUGAAUCAAGAAGAAGUGGAGCACUGGUUUCUGCCCCAGCCCAAUAUCAUUGACACAUUUGUGGUUGAGAACACUGAUGGGGAGGUGACAGACUUCCUGAGUUUUUAUACCUUGCCCUCCACCAUUAUGAAUCAUCCUGUCCACAAGAGCUUAAAGGCAGCCUAUUCCUUCUACAACGUCCACACCAAGACACCACUUCUUGACCUUAUGAACGAUGCCCUCAUACUGGCCAAGUUGAAGGGUUUUGAUGUUUUCAAUGCACUGGAUCUCAUGGAGAACAAGACCUUCCUGGAGAAACUAAAAUUUGGGAUUGGAGAUGGGAACUUGCAGUAUUAUCUUUACAAUUGGAAAUGCCCCAGCAUGGGGCCAGAGAAGGUUGGCCUGGUUCUGCAGUAACCAGAAGUCUCCAGAGAAGUGCAGGCAGGACCGCUGAAGAGCUGAACCAGCGUGGAACUGCUGGGCGUGAUGGUUCAGAUUUCCAUGGAACUGAGACCCUCCUGUGGAGGAACCGGUUGGCGCCCACUGCACUAGCCACAUGACCCAUCCACUGACACUUCCGAUGAUUGUAUCAUGUGCCACUGAGUGCGCCAAUGUGUCGGUGUCAGCACUUGGCUUCUUCUUCCCCUCGCCCCUCAUACAAACAUGAUCAAGGGAAUGUAACUGUUGAAAACUAGCUCACAAUUGGCAUAUAUUGGAGUUAACGGGUGAAUAAUAAUAAAAUAUAUUAUAUAUUCUAUAUUUUAACAAUGUUUGCUGUUCACCUGAACUGGAAAGUGGGGCUUCCUAGCUUUUUGUCCUAGAAAUACUGUUUUUUAUCAAUUAAAACACCCCAGAUGGAUUUUUUUUCCCAUCAGAGUGGGACAAUUGGUAGCAAAAGUAUGGGUAUGAUAGUCCAUCAUUCAGCCAUAUCUGGUGUUUUUCUGUUGCCCCAAAAGACUCAUUUGAACAGCAGUUUGCAUAAUUGGUAUGUAGGUGGCCUAGGCUGGUGAGUUUUUGGUCUUGUGCAUGGAACAAAUGGCUAAUAUGUUCCAAUAGGUUAUUCAGAUAAUUUUUCUCAGAAAUCAAAGGGCUAUUUAGAACUCUAACAGUACAGAAACCUUGUUUCAAAGUGAGAUGGUAUAUGUAGUCAGUCCAUCUCUUCACUCCUGGACAUAAACUAACAAUACUUGAAUCACCAAAGUAACAGCCAGUGCCUUUUGGCUCUUAAAAUCCCUUUUGACCAUUCUUUGCUCUGUGAGAGCAGUUCUUCAAAGUUUCCUCCAAGAGAUAGAGUUAUCCGAGUUGCAAUAUCUUGAACUGAAACUUCACCCCAUCAAUCUCUGAUUUGCUCUCCCUUUUGUGUUUUCCAACAAAAUAAUCUAAUACAUCAACCAUUCUUUCAGACAUUCCCGAGCUGCAACAUUCUGAUUCUGUUUAAGCCAACCCACAGCCCCUCUUGCUGUCAACUUGCAUUGUCUAGUCUUGAAAAUAAAUAUUUUGUGCUUCCUUC